AUGUCACCGAUAUUCCAAGGCAGAAAAAGUUCCCAAGGGAGCCCCGUAUUCGCAUAUAAUGAACUCGGAUCGAUCGAUAGCGCGCACGGCCACUGUGCGGACCGUGAAAGCGUAGCACCUGGAAAACUCGACGGAAAUCCAGCAUCACCACUACUACUACUACAACUACUAAAAGUAAUAGCAGCUGAAGUAGCAGCAGCAGCAACAGCACCAACACCAGCACCAACACCAGCACCGGCACCAGCACCAGCAUCAGCACCAGCACCAGCACCAGCACCAGUACCGGCACUAGUACCAACACCGUCGUUAGUCUACAUACUAGCCUGUUCACCCUGGCCUAGGGGUUUGCCUUGCUCUCCUCGUGCUGUUACUACUGUGUCGGGGUUUGGGGGUGUAGACGCAGGCGCGAACGCAGACGGAAUAUAG